AUUUUCGUCAUUAAGUCGGCACCUCAAAGCCAUAAAAUUCGACCCUUUCUUUCAACCCUCGUUAUCGUACGCAACUCGCAAUUGGAAAUACGAAAAAGUUCUUUGAUCGCAAAAACCUAAUCUUCUUGAUUCUGUUAAUCGCGAUCUUUGUUUCAAGAUGCAAAUCUUCGUGAAAACCUUGACGGGCAAGACCAUCACCCUUGAGGUGGAAAGUUCCGAUACAAUUGAUAAUGUCAAGGCCAAAAUUCAGGAUAAAGAAGGAAUCCCUCCUGACCAGCAAAGGCUUAUUUUCGCCGGAAAACAACUUGAAGAUGGUAGAACCCUUGCCGAUUACAACAUUCAGAAGGAAUCCACACUCCACUUGGUGCUUCGUUUAAGAGGUGGCAUGCAAAUUUUCGUGAAGACCUUGACUGGGAAAACCAUCACCUUAGAGGUCGAAUCCUCAGACACCAUUGACAAUGUCAAAGCUAAAAUCCAAGACAAAGAGGGUAUCCCACCUGACCAGCAGAGGUUGAUUUUUGCUGGGAAGCAGCUUGAGGAUGGAAGGACACUAGCAGAUUACAACAUUCAGAAGGAGUCAACGCUUCACUUGGUUCUCCGUUUGAGAGGUGGCAUGCAGAUUUUUGUCAAGACUUUGACAGGGAAGACCAUAACACUGGAGGUGGAAUCCUCAGAUACCAUUGACAAUGUGAAAGCUAAGAUUCAGGACAAAGAGGGCAUUCCACCAGAUCAACAGAGGCUCAUCUUCGCCGGUAAGCAGCUUGAAGAUGGAAGGACGCUUGCAGAUUACAAUAUUCAGAAGGAGUCCACUUUACAUUUGGUGUUGCGGCUCCGUGGUGGCAUGCAAAUCUUUGUCAAGACACUAACCGGAAAGACAAUAACCCUGGAGGUCGAGUCUUCAGACACCAUUGACAAUGUCAAAGCAAAAAUCCAAGACAAAGAGGGUAUCCCACCUGACCAGCAGAGACUUAUCUUUGCUGGUAAGCAGUUGGAGGAUGGAAGGACCCUUGCUGAUUACAACAUUCAGAAGGAGUCCACCUUGCAUCUUGUUUUGCGACUCCGAGGUGGAAUGCAAAUCUUUGUCAAGACCUUGACCGGAAAGACAAUCACUUUGGAGGUUGAAAGUUCUGAUACAAUUGAUAAUGUGAAGGCGAAGAUUCAGGACAAAGAGGGUAUCCCUCCGGAUCAGCAGAGGCUCAUCUUUGCAGGGAAGCAGCUUGAAGAUGGCCGUACUCUUGCUGAUUACAACAUCCAAAAGGAAUCUACUUUGCAUUUGGUUCUGAGGCUCCGUGGUGGUAUGCAAAUUUUUGUGAAGACCCUGACGGGGAAAACCAUUACUUUGGAGGUCGAAAGCUCCGAUACCAUUGAUAAUGUGAAGGCGAAGAUUCAGGACAAGGAGGGUAUUCCCCCGGAUCAGCAGAGGCUCAUCUUUGCUGGCAAACAAUUGGAGGAUGGUCGUACAUUGGCAGACUAUAAUAUCCAAAAGGAAUCGACCCUCCAUCUUGUCCUUCGCCUUCGUGGUGGCUUUUAAACAUGGUGUGUAUGACUUUUAUUGUGGCUUGGUAUCCUUUUCAGGUCUUAAUGGAUGUUGCUUGUUUUUCUAUGUUAAUUGGAAUUGUGUAAUAGUUUGAACAUUUGCUACAGAUAAAAAGUACUACUCUGUUAUAUAAAAUUGCACUAUUUUACCUA